GUAAGAGCCUUGGAUGUGCAGCCCAGAGCAUUAUGUGUUUGCUGGCAGGUUGUGCAUGGCUGAUACUGUGACUCCCAGCUGGGGACAGUAAAGGCACCUACUGGGGGAGCCUGGCACAGAUGAAGCUUUAGUUUGUAAAUUUAUCCCCAUGUUACUAGGAACUUUUCUGAUUUCUUCCCAGCAGCUGCAGCUUCACCACAUGAGAAAACAAAGCUCAGUAUCACAAGUCCUGAACAUAACUACUGAAUAAUAUAAUCAGGGAGUGUUCUGCUGAAGGUAGCAACUGCCUCUUAUGUGCCUGUCAUGAUGGUUACAACUUGUCUACCUGCAGAGGUAUUUAUGGGGAUUUGUCAUAUCCACAUCAUUUGAUUACACUAAGAAGAGUAACCUUUUCUUUUUUUAAAUCUCAUCAUCAUGACGACCCCACCGCCCACGCCAGUUAUUUCCACCUCUCCCCCAGUGGAUUUUGUGCUGGGUGCUACGGCGUGCUGCAUGGCAUGUGUGUUUACCAACCCUCUGGAGGUGGUAAAGACAAGGCUGCAGCUUCAAGGAGAGCUGAGGACGAGGGGCUCAUACACACGGCAUUACCGGGGAGUUGUGCAAGCCAUGGUGGCAGUGGGACAGGCUGAUGGACUCCGGGGGCUGCAGAAGGGACUUACGGCAGGACUUCUGUAUCAGGGACUAAUGAACGGGGUGCGAUUUUACCUGUACUCACAUGCAGAGGAUAUGGGGCUGACACAGCAACCAGGAGGAAACAUAGCAGCUGGGGCUAUAGCCGGAGCAUUGGGAGCUUUUGUGGGAAGCCCAGCAUAUCUGAUAAAAACACAUCUCCAGGCACAGACAGUAUCAGCCAUUGCAGUUGGACAUCAGCAUAAUCAUCAGAGCGUCAGUAGUGCCUUCGAGAACAUUUACAAGAAGCAAGGAAUCCUGGGGUUGUGGCGUGGAGUAAAUGGAGCAGUGCCUCGGGUCAUGGUGGGAUCAGCCGUUCAACUGGCAACAUUUGCAAAUGCCAAAGAAUGGGUCAAGCAUCAAAAGUGGUUUGCAGAAGACAGCUGGCUGGUGUCGCUAGCUGGUGGAAUGAUCAGCAGUGUUGGUGUUGCUGUGGCGAUGACACCAUUUGAUGUAGUCAGUACGCGAUUAUAUAACCAACCUGUGGAUAGCGAAGGCAAGGGGCGGCUGUACCGUGGCUUCCUGGACUGCUUUAUGAAGAUAACAAAGAAGGAGGGACCCCUGGCUCUUUAUAAGGGAAUAGUGCCUGCCUAUGUGCGUCUGGGACCACACACCAUCCUCAGCCUGCUUUUCUGGGAGGAGCUAAGGAAGUUCACUUACUAUUACCAGCAUCAGUGAGGAGCCACUUAUAGUGAAAAGCUGGUGAAAGACUUGAUUCCAUAUGAAGCUGCUGGUGCUGUGCCUGAGCAGCGAGGAAAUUGUGCCCACAGUCUCGGGUGGCCUUUACCAUACUCCCACAUGGUGGGAGGGCUUGGAAAAAAGCUGGGUGUUUGGUACAACUAAAAGAUUUUAAAAACUGAAAUGUUAGUGCCGUGACAUUAACUGGUGGCAGGGGAGGUCACUGGAAACUAAUGGUCACCCAGACACCCCAUGUCUAACAGGGGUCACUGAAUGUGCCUCCUCUCACUGUCCUUCAGCAAAUCUGUUGAACCCCUUAACCCUCUACAGACCACAAGAAUUAAACAUAUUUUUAUUUUA